AUGUGGGCCGUGUGCGUCCUGCAGCUGCUCGCGCUCACGCUGCUCGGCUCCGGAGGAGGGGAGAUGUUGCUGGUUAUGAACAAUGAUGUGGUCUCUCUGCCCUGCGGAGACGUGGCUCAGACCAACUGCUCCGGGACAGACUGGACCUUGGACACCGUCAGUGAUGUCUUCUACAGAGACAUGAGCCCUGUCUCCUGGAUCAGGACAUGGCCCUCUGUGGAUCUGGUGAAGUCCGGGGUAGUGAAUCCCGAUGCAGACAGAGUCAACCUGACUGAGGCCUGUGAGCUGCAGAUCCUGAAGGUGUCACCCGAGGACACUGGAUUCUACACCUGCACCCAACACAACCAAUCCCAGUCCACCAUCCAGACCGGGCUCCUCCUGUCUGUGGUCACAGUGUCUUAUGAAGCAAAUGACCCCUGGUCAAUGAUAGGGAGCUGUACUGUGCAGCCGUUUGGUACAAACUGUGUGUACUCGGUGAGAUGGCUGGUCCAGGACGCAGAGGACGUGUACUUCUGGAAUGAAGGAUGCUCAGCUCACUUCAAAAUGUCUCUAAAUUCUCCUGGUUUUGCCCCUGAUCGAUGUGAAGUAAGAGACCUCAACAACAACCUGGUCCAAGUCUUCUCACUUUUCAAUCUUACAAAACCUGAGUGGAACCAAACUCUGGAGAACUUCACCAGACCCUGGAACCAGACCUCAGGAGAACCACAUGAGUGCGAUGUCCCUGUGACUCUGACUCACCUGAUGUUGGGGAUGAGGUGCCUGGAGCUGGUGGUACUUUCUGUCAUCGUGGCGCUGCUGCUCAGAGCCUGUGCAGGACUCGCCCGCUGCAGAUCCUCCGACCACCAGCAGUGCAUCACGGCAAAUAAAGCCACGAUUCUUGAACAACGAAGUGGUGCGUUUAUUGAGCCCACACUGCUCACGGGCAUCCGGCGUUUUUGGGGCGUGUCUUUGGGCGUCUUGAGCGUUCUGGCGUCGACGCUCUAG